AUUCAUAAGUAAUGAGUAAUCUUCUGACUUCUGAGAAAUUGAUAAGCUCGAUAAAAGAGUAAAUAAUUUUUUUUUCAUUUCCAAAAUCUAGCGUGUUCUUUAGUCUUUUCAUAUUUCUCACCUUGAUUAGAUAUUAAAAUAAAUAAAUAAUAACUAUUUCUAUAUAAGUCUGUUUCAUGAAUUUUGCUCUAAACCAACAAUAGAGAAACAAAGUUUUCUAUAAUCAUAGAGAAAAACUUUGAUUAUGGGUGUGCCAUCGUUUUAUAGAUGGUUAAUCAACAAAUAUCCAAAAGCGGUUACUAACACAAACACUUCAACUGUUGAAUAUGAUAAUCUUUAUCUUGACAUGAAUUCCAUUAUCCAUCCAUGUUUUCAUCCCAAUGAUGAUGAUAACAACAUCAACAAGAUUUCUCCAACAACAUUUGAUCAAGUGUUUACAAAUAUGUUUGAUUACAUUGAUCACCUUGUUACCAUUGUUAAGCCUCGCAAGCUACUCUACAUGGCCAUUGACGGAGUAGCUCCACAAGGGAAAAUGUAUAAUCAAAGGACUAGACGUUUUAGAACGGCUAAAGAUGAUGAAAUGCGUGAAGCCGAGGAAGAGAGACUAAGGAAGAAAUUUGAAAUGGAAGGAAAACAAGUUCUUCCUAAACAAGAAUGUGAAGUGUCAGAUUCUAAUAUAAUAACACCAGGAACAGAGUUCAUGCACCAACUCUCAAAGGCUCUUAAAAGUUAUAUCUCUUUAAGAAUAUCCUCUAAUUCCUUAUGGAAAGAUAUUAUGGUAAUUUUAUCUGAUGCUAAUGUUCCUGGGGAAGGAGAACAUAAGAUUAUCUCAUUCAUAAGGAAACAACGGGGUCUUCCUGAUUACGAUCCAAACACCGUUCACUGCCUAUAUGGCUCGGAUGCUGAUCUUAUAAUGCUUGGACUGUCAAGCCACGAGCCUCAUUUUUCGAUCAUAAGAGAGGUUGUGCCUAAUUAUCAUGAGAAGCUGCAACAGAAUGCUGUUAAGCGGUUCGAGCUUUUGCAUAUUUGGUUGUUGAGAGAAUAUCUUGAAUUAGAAAUGAAGAUACAAGAUCCUCCGAAAAAUUUCACCGUUGAUUUUGAGCGAAUAGUUGAUGAUUUUAUCUUCAUUUGUUUCUUUGCUGGAAAUGAUUUUCUUCCUCACUUGCCAUCUUUGGAUAAUAUUUUUGAGGGGGCUAUUGAUUUACUUAUGACUGUUUACAAGAAAGAGUUCAAUAAAUUUGGAGGAUAUCUUGUGGACAUUAAUAAGAUGGGGGAGAAAUGCAUGACAUUUGUGAAGCUAUCACGAGUUGAAAAAUUCAUACUUAUGGUUGGUGCAUAUGAAGAAAAAAUCUUCAAUAAAAAAAGUGCAAUUAGAGACAACAAAUUGAGAAGGCUUAUUAGUGAUCAAGAGCAAUCCAAGCAAGAAGAACAGAAUGCAUUUGAUUAUAUGGAUAUUGAAAAUGAAAGUAGUUCAAAUUGCACGGUUUCUGAUGAGGAAAUUUUGAAAAACACAAAGGACUUGAAAGAGGAAUUAAACAAAUGCAUAAAAGAGAAAGGGGACUUAUUGAAGAGUGGAGAUUUCUUGAUUGACAAGAUAAAAUUGGGAACUGUUGGGUUUAAAGAGAGAUAUUACAAAGAGAAGUUUUCUGUGGAGGGCUCUACCAACAUUGAGCUAAAAAGGAAAGAAAUAGUGCAGAAGUACACUGAGGGUUUGUUGUGGGUUCUUCAAUAUUAUUUUUCAGGAGUUGCUUCGUGGACAUGGUUUUAUCCCUAUCAUUAUGGUCCAUUUGCUUCAGACUUAAAAGGCAUGGGUCAAGUGAGAGUAUGUUUUGAGAAAGGUGUUCCAUUCUUACCUUUUGAUCAACUCUUAAGUGUUCUCCCUCAAAGGAGUUCUUAUGCACUUCCAAAAGCAUAUGCACAUCUGAUGCUGGAUGAGCAGUCAAAAAUAUUUGACUUGUUUCCUCAGAAUUUUGAAAUUGACAUAGAAGGAAAGCGCUUCAUGUGGCAGGGUAUAUGCAAACUUCCAUAUAUGGAUGAAAAAAGGCUUUUGGCUGAAACCAGAGAACUCAUGAAUGGAUUAACUGAAACUGAAGCAAAAAGAAAUUCGGUUGAAGUAGAUAGGCUGUUGGUUAGUAACACUGCCAAGGUAGCAGAAAAAAUUUGCUCACUAAGUUCAAACAAAUUAGACACAAGCAUAAGCGAUGGCAUUGGCGGAAUCAUAAGUCUUUGCCACGAGGGCGUUGAGGAAAACCAACAAGAUUCAGUCUUUUGUGUCAAAUAUGAGAUGCCGGUGAAUGGUUCAAGUCAUAUUCAGCAUCUACUAUAUGGCGUAAAUUUUCCCGAAAAGACGAUCUUUGAAAAUGAUAUAAAGGAGACGGUUCUCUGGCAUGAACUUCAACAAUUUCAUAACCGUUUUGAGCGGUCGAAUAAUCAAGACAAUUGGAGAAGUUCAAAUAGGGAGGGCAAUAAUUCAAAGUUUCCUCCUACUGCAUCUGCUUUUGGUGGAAGAAUCUAUGGACCUUCUGAAUCGAUUCACGAAGGUGCUGGCGUUGGAUGGGGUUCGGGUAGAGGCAAACCAGAAAGGAUCGAUCAUGACAUUCUUAAUGAAAGAAUGUCGACAUUUACUCCUUUUCGUAAACAACCUAAUGGUUACGGAGGAUCUUCUUAUCAACAACGUUCGAAUGCGCCUUUUAGUAGAGGACAAGGCAGGGUUCAACAGAAUCCGAACAAUGUGUAUUCAUGGAAGGGUGUUUCUUCUAAUUCAAACAACUCGGCACAGCCUCAAUGGAAUGAAUCAAAGGACAAAAGCCGCUGGUAGAAAGAAAGCUAUUUAUGAAUACUACCGUUUUGUUUUAUGAAGUGUUUGGUGGAUUUGGAUUUGUUUUUUGUUAAAUGAUGGGGAAAAGGUGAAAAUAGUUAGUUUCAUUUUGUUCUUUGGUGGUUGAAAUGGUACAAGUCAUAUUCCACAUCUCCUAUUUGGUUUGUAACUUUUUUUAAGUACUAAUUUUGUGUCAACUCUAAAUUAGUGUUAAGUUAGACAUGUUUUGGCUUGCAA